AUGGCGUCCAACGAGGCGGAGGAGAUUUUGAUGGUUGUUGAGCUACAACUCAUAGAGAACUAUAGCCUUGUCGCCGCUUUUGCAAUGAUGUCGUACGAUUAUGUAUUGAACCUGGGACUCGAGAUUGACAUCAUAUGGGCCAAAAAAUACACGCAAAUGACGCUCUUAUAUGCCAUGCUGCGUUAUGUCGGGUUGAUGUACGGAGUUACAAAGCCUAAGCAUACCUCAACCGGGAAGAGAACAUUCUACUCUGACCAGAUCCGCGUCCCCACUCACUCUUGCCAGGCGUAG